AUGACCACCACCGCCCACCCAUCCUUCCACCCAGUCAAAACCUCUUUCGAUUCUGCAUCGACAUCUCCCUCUCCACACGACGACGUCGAAUCGCCCUCUCUUUCCAACGGCAACGCCCUCGCACGCUUCGAAUUUGAACCAGGCCGCGGGAAUGACGGGACCAAAAUCCUCAUGGUCGAAUGGGAAGAAGACUCAAUCACGAACAACAUAAGCGACGACUGGGAGAUCAGCUGGCAUGGCAAGCGCACUGUUCUUCCCGCGAGAGACCAUGCAUCUCCCGGAGCUGGGACGGAGGACACUCCGGUCAACCGGCUCUACUUCCUGCUUGGACCCGGCGUCUCUAUACCCACUGCUGUGAAGCUGCGCAAAGGACCGAGUGUCAACUGGCGAACGAACCCGCUGCCUGCUAUCUUCCAGCCUGAACUCGGCGCAACGGCACGGCAAGCUGGAAAGAAGGGCGUUCUUCACACGAUAUGGGCGAAGAAGCGGCUGCAGGUUCUGAACGACGAGAUUGCCCGCGAGUCGGCAGACAACGAAGAGGGUGUAGGACUGGAGAUCGCAGUCGCGGAGAAGGAAUGGAUAGAAGCAAACUUUGGCGUGCUGGCGAAGCCGGCGGGCAUCAGUCUUGUCACGGCGCAGACACAGUUGGGAGGAGGCGGAUUGGGAAGUCCAACGAGUCCGAGGAGUCCCGGAGGAGGUAGGCUGAUGGACAAGCUAAAAGGGUUGAAGUUGGGCACAAGUGAGAAAGAGUUGACGGCGUCGUCGCUGAGUACAGUCGAUGAUCAGAAUGCUCAACCUGCAGCGGCGUAUAACCCUCUAAGUCCAGAGGGCUCGGACGUAGCUGUCGGGUCCUUCAGCAGUUUCGCUACCCUCAAGGGCAUGCCUCCUGCAGCUUCAACGCUUGCAGCCAAAGCUCCACAAGCACCAAGCGAGGAUGGCAAUGAGGACGAUCUAUUUGCACUGCCCAUGAGUCCGAGAAGUCCAGAUAUGGCGAAGGGUCCAUUUUCGUUCACGAGAGACGACACGGAGAAGUAUUUGAAGGGUUGA